AUGUCCGGAAUGGAACCGGAGCCAACCAUUACCACUCUCCUCAAGGCUAUCAACGCCCUUACCAGCCAAGUCAGGUCCUUGCAGGCCCAAAUCCAAUCUCAAGGCCAACAGCUCUCUGAGCUCAAAGCCAUAUGUAAGGAAACCGCCAACCUUGUUGGCAACACAGAUCAGGGCGGAGUCCAAGCCAAGCCUGGCCCAUUGACUGGGCCUAUCACCCCUCCUACACACGCAGGAGGGGAAGCCAACACUCCAGGAACAAUUAGGCCUGGACUCAAGGCCCCCUUCCGCCCAUUGAGAGGAACGGGCUUUGACUCAGAAGAGGAAGAGGAACCCAGGCAAGCCAAAAAGGAGCCUUGCGACACGCCUAAGCGGAGCCUCAGCUCCCUCACCCCAUUCAACUCAGGGUCCAGCGUAAAGCGGCCCAAAAUGGAGCUCCCAGACCCAUACAAGGGAGACUCCAGGGGACAAAAGGCAACCCAGUGGCUAGAUUGA